CCCCUUUUCUCUCUCCUCUUCUCCUUUUCAUCAUUACCCCACCAUCUUCUUCUACAACCUCCCUCCAUCCCCCCCUCUCUCUCCCACCCUGUUUCGCGCAGUUUUCCCCCCAUCUCCUGCCAUCCACAUCAACAAAUCCCUAAAUCGAUCAAACAUCUUCGACUAAAUAAACAGAACACCCAUUUCAAUUCCCCCAAAAAUAUUUUAUUUAAUAUAUUUUAACCCCUCUUUACUUCUCCAUGCUCUACAAACAAAGCAGAAAUAUUCAAAUUAUAUAAAUCAGAAAAUUUCAGCGAAAUUUAAAUAAUGCAACAAGAAGAACCCAGCUCAAACCCAGUAGUUUUAUCCUCGGAUGAUGAAGAUGAACAACCCACUCAUAACGACUAUCAAAUAGUCCUAUACGACCCAACUGCAAAUGGAAACGACCCAAAUGCAAAUGGAAACGAGCUAGCAAUCACCGUAGCUGAACCCGCACACGAACCCAAACACGAAGCCGGUCCGAUACACUGGAAACCACCAUUGUUCUCAAAUUUAGGGGGAGGAGGACCUCAAGCUAAUUUAACACAAAGAGUUUUACCAGCAGUGGGUUCAUUUACAGUACAAUGUGCUGUUUGCUUCAAAUGGAGGCUUAUACCUUCAAAGGAGAAGUAUGAGGAGAUCAGGGAACAUAUUUUGCAGCAACCAUUUACAUGUGAUUUGGCUAAGGAGUGGAGGGGUGAGAUUACUUGUGAUACACCAACUGAUCUUGAGCAAGAUAAUAGUAGAUUGUGGGCCAUUGAUAAGCCUAAUAUUUCUCAGCCUCCUCCUGGUUGGGAAAGGGAGCUUAGGAUUCGUGGUGAAGGCAGCUCUAAAUUUGCUGAUGUGUACUAUAUUGCACCAUCUGGUAAGAGACUUCGGUCGAUGGUGGAGAUUCAGAGAUACCUGAUGGAGCAUCCCGAAUUCAUUAUGGAAGGAGUGACUAUGUCCCAGUUCUCAUUUCAAAUUCCAAAGCCUCUGCAAGAGGACUAUGUCAGAAAGCGCCCUGCUCGUUUACCUAUGCCUGAUGGCUCUAAUUUUGGGAUGUCAAGACCCGAUCAGACCAUCGCUGCCAGUCCUUUAUCAUGGGCAGCCCCAGAUAAAAGCAGAGCCUUACAGUUAUGUCAACCUGAGCCACCAAGCUAUUCAGCCAACCUUUUGCCUCCACCAGCAAAAAAAAAGUCUCGGUUAUCAACACACAGCAGUAUUCCAUUGCAGCACAGUCCACAUAAAUUCAAGAUCAAAGGUCCGCGUCUACCUCCAAAUGGUUACUAUGACUUGUGAGCUAAUAGGUAGCUCCACGUUUUGUGUCUCGAAUAGCUUAGAAAAUGUGUUAUAUAUAGCCUUUCGUAUCUGUUAUGGCCUACACUAGCUAUAUGGUCCAUGAGAGUGUAAUAUGAACCCUUUUUUUUUGUGUGAACUUGGUGAAGAUUCAGGAAGUUGAUAGAGAAAAAGAGGGACGAGGGGCUUUUACAAACUGGCCUUUUGGGGGGUUUCUUUUGUUUGAGGUGUAAGUUACCCUUGGGUUUCAAACAGAGAAACAAUGAUAUACUAUAUCGUCGUAUUAUAAUCUA